UGCCUGUGGUUGGCCCAUAUGCACGGGGGUGUGUAAGUAUUACGUAAUCAUCAGAGGAUAAAAACCUGCAUCUACUGAGUGAGAGAGAAAGAGAGAGAGGUCAGAAGUGAGAGUGAGAGAGAGAGACAGAUAGAGAUUAACAGGAUCCAGGCCUCCCAGUCUCACAGCAGUGUGCAGAAGAGCAGCACUGACUGUGUUCAUGAUAGUGUAUAUGCCUGGGUGCAUGUCACAACACUGCCAACUCUCUCCGUUCUCUGGAUCUGCUCAUUGUAUCACAGGACUGCGGCAGAACUUUCUGGCCCGUUCAUUUGUUUACGUCUGACACCUACUCACCUUUUGGACUGAAUCUGGACUUGACUGGACAAGAUGUUCGUGCAUUUGGGAGGGUUCCGGGGGAAGAUGGGCAUGAUGCUCAUCAGCAGAGUGGGUCUGUUUAGUCGUUCUGCCCACUUGUCUCCCCAAAGCCUGGAGUAUCGACCGAUCAAAAAGGUCAUGGUUGCAAACAGAGGUGAAAUAGCCAUCCGGGUGUUUCGUGCAUGCACAGAGCUUGGGAUCCGCACAGUGGCUGUAUAUUCAGAGCAGGACACGGGGCAGAUGCACAGACAGAAGGCAGAUGAGGCUUACCUCAUUGGCAGAGGCCUGUCCCCGGUUGCAGCCUAUCUCCAUAUCCCUGACAUAAUCAAAGUGGCUAAGGACAAUAAUGUGGAUGCAAUCCACCCUGGUUAUGGCUUUUUAUCAGAGCGUGCCGACUUUGCCCAAGCCUGUGCUGAUGCCGGGGUAAGAUUCAUUGGUCCUUCCCCAGAGGUUGUGCGCCAGAUGGGGGAUAAAGUGGAAGCCCGUGCCCUGGCCAUAAAAGCAGGUGUUCCAGUUGUUCCCGGAACAGACGGACCCAUCUCAUCUCUUCAAGAGGCUGAGGAGUUUGCCAAAACAUACGGCUUUCCCAUCAUCUUUAAAGCUGCAUAUGGAGGAGGAGGCCGUGGGAUGAGGGUGGUCCGAAACUAUGAGGAAUUAGAGGAGAACUAUCACCGAGCAUAUUCAGAGGCUCUAGCGGCAUUUGGUAAUGGUGCUCUGUUUGUUGAGAAGUUCAUCGAGAAACCACGACACAUUGAAGUACAAAUUCUUGGUGAUAAAUAUGGAAACGUGAUUCAUCUGUAUGAGAGGGAUUGCUCCAUCCAGAGAAGACAUCAGAAAGUGGUAGAGAUCGCUCCUGCUGCUCAGCUCGACAUUCACCUCAGAGACAGAUUGACCUCAGACUCAGUCAACCUGGCCAAACAGGUGGGCUAUGAGAAUGCAGGCACAGUGGAGUUCCUGGUGGAUAAACAUGGAAAACACUACUUCAUUGAGGUGAACUCCCGUCUACAGGUGGAACAUACUGUUACCGAGGAAAUCACUGAUGUGGAUUUGGUUCACGCACAGCUGCGUGUGUGUGAGGGCCGCAGUCUUCCUGAGCUGGGUCUCGAGCAGGACAAGAUCCAGAUCAAUGGCUGUGCCAUUCAGUGCCGGGUCACUACAGAAGACCCCUCCCGUGGUUUUCAACCAGACACAGGUCGCAUAGAGGUGUUUCGCAGUGGAGAGGGCAUGGGCAUUCGUCUGGAUAGUGCGUCUGCGUUUCAGGGGGCCAUCAUCUCCCCUCACUAUGACUCACUGCUGGUUAAAGUCAUAGCCAGUGGCAAAGACCUCCCCACCGCUGCAACCAAAAUGCACAGAGCGCUCACCGAGUUCAGAGUUCGUGGUGUUAAGACAAAUAUCCCCUUCCUGCAGAAUGUAUUGAGCAAUAGCCAAUUCCUGUACAGCACAGUUGACACCCAGUUUAUAGAUGAGAACCAGAAACUUUUCAACCUCAAACCUACGCAGAACAGAGCCCAGAAACUCCUGCACUAUCUGGGUCACGUAAUGGUAAAUGGACCCAUGACUCCUAUUCCAGUGAAAACCAAAUCCUCAUCUGUUGAUCCAGUUGUUCCUUCUGUUUCUCUGGGUGAGCCGCCCAUGGGCUUCCGUGAGGUGCUGUUGAAGAAGGGUCCUGAGGGUUUUGCACGGGCAAUUCGAGAGCACCAGGGUCUUCUACUGAUGGACACUACCUUCAGAGAUGCCCACCAGUCCCUGCUGGCCACUCGUGUCAGGACACACGACCUCAAGAAGAUUGCUCCAUUCGUGAGCCACAACUUCAAUAAUCUCUUCAGCCUGGAGAAUUGGGGAGGAGCUACAUUCGAUGUAGCCAUGCGUUUUCUGUGGGAAUGUCCGUGGAAGAGGCUUCAGGAGCUCCGAGCUCUGAUUCCCAAUGUCCCAUUUCAGAUGCUACUACGUGGAGCCAAUGCUGUGGGAUACACGAACUACCCUGAUAAUUCAGUUUUCAAAUUCUGCGAGGUAGCCAAAGAGAACGGAAUGGAUAUCUUUCGUGUUUUUGACUCCUUGAAUUAUAUGCCCAACAUGCUUUUGGGGAUGGAAGCAGCAGGGGCGGCCGGAGGUGUGGUGGAAGCGGCUAUUUCUUACACAGGAGACGUGUCUGACCCCAUGAGACAGAAAUACUCACUGGAGUACUAUCUGAAGCUGGCCGAUGAGCUAGUUAAGGCUGGAACACAUAUACUGUCUAUUAAGGACAUGGCUGGCCUGCUGAAGCCCGAAGCCAGCCGUUUACUGAUUGGAGCACUGCGUGACCGUUUCCCUGAUGUCCCUAUCCAUGUUCACACUCAUGAUACUGCAGGUGCGGGAGUCGCGGCAAUGCUAGCCUGUGCAAAAGCAGGGGCAGAUAUAGUGGAUGUAGCAGUGGACUCCAUGGCAGGCAUGACCUCUCAACCAAGCAUGGGUGCCAUCGUAGCCUGCACCAAAGGAACCAAACUUGAUACCGGGGUUUCUCUGGACAGAGUCUAUGAAUACAGCGAGUUCUGGGAAGUGGCUCGAGGUCUGUAUGCUCCCUUCGACUGCACCGCCACAAUGAAGUCUGGUAAUGCAGAUGUUUAUGAAAAUGAGAUCCCAGGGGGCCAGUACACCAACCUACACUUCCAGGCCCACAGCAUGGGCCUCGGUAACAAGUUCAAAGAGGUGAAGAAAGCCUACGUCGAAGCCAACAAGCUGCUGGGAGACCUUAUCAAAGUGACCCCCUCCUCUAAGAUUGUGGGUGAUCUGGCCCAGUUUAUGGUGCAGAACUCUCUGUCCCGUGCUGAGGUAGAAGAGAGAGCAGAUGAGCUCUCCUUCCCUCUGUCUGUUGUGGAAUUCCUGCAAGGACACAUAGGAAUACCACACGGAGGAUUCCCUGAGCCCUUCAGGUCAAAGGUUCUCAAGUCAUUGCCUCGAAUCGAAGGACGUCCAGGGGCUUCACUUCCACCAAUGGACUUCGAGGCUCUUGAGUCUGAUCUUCGGGUGGCACAUGGUGAUGAAAUAACUCCUGAAGAUGUGAUGUCGGCAGCCAUGUACCCUAAAGUCUUCCAGGAGUUUAAAGAGUUUACAUCAAAGUUUGGCCCAGUGGACUGCCUUAACACUCGCCUGUUUCUGGAUGGCCCCAAAAUCGCAGAGGAGUUUCAGGUGGAGUUGGAGAGAGGGAAAACAUUGCACAUCAAAGCCUUGGCCUUGGGUGACUUGAACAAGUCUGGUCAGAGGGAGGUGUUUUUUGAACUCAACGGCCAGCUGCGUUCAGUCUUGGUCAAGGAUACCGCAGCAAUGAAGGAGAUGCACUUUCACCCUAAAGCCUUGAAAGACGUGCGGGGACAGGUCGGAGCUCCCAUGCCCGGUAAAGUGGUGGAAGUAAAGGUGAAGCCAGGUCAGAAGGUGGAGAAAGGUCAGCCUCUCUGCGUCCUCAGCGCCAUGAAGAUGGAGACAGUUGUCAACUCGCCAAUCUCAGGCAUCAUAUCCAAGGUGCAUGUCAAUGCCGACAGCAGCCUGGAAGGAGAUGACCUCAUCCUGGAAAUAACCGAAUAAAGUUUAAAAGCUACUGAGGUUAAAGUUUUCUUUUCUUAAAAAAAAAAAAAGUUUUAGAAGUGAUCUUGUAAUUUGAUGGAAUGAUGGUGUUGUAAUUACUGAUGAUUUUAAGAUUUCAGAGACGAUGUUCCUAACUCUUCAGAGCUUUCAGAAUAAGAAUAUAUUUUUUUUAUGUUUUUUUUUUUUUUUUGGUCUGUUAUUUAAUUUAAAAUAGAAGCAUACAGGGGAUGCAUUUAUAGCUUGUAACCAGAAACUCCUGAAGCCUUUGUGAUUCACUCUUUGGUAUUCAGUUCGAGCUCUGUUAAUACACUGAGGACAGUGAAUCCAGGGAAUCUACUUGCAGCCCCGAGGAAGGGAGGACAAAUUAUACCUACAUUACUCACUGAUCUUUCCAGUUUAUUUUAUUUUUUUAAGAUGAAUUAAUAAUAUAUUAAAAUUAACAAGGUUCAUUAUGAAUCAAAAUGACAACAGCAUUUUUAUGAGUAUGUGUACUGCAUGUGUGUGUGAGAGAGAAACACUGCAAGUUGAAAGUUUGAAGAGGAAUGGCAGUUUCAUAUUAAUAUCAUGUUAGUGGAGCGUAAAAUCAAUUUUAAAAUGUCUGAAAUAUUAAUACCAGCGGAUAUUCUAGUAGAUGCACAUUAAGCAGAGUGUCGUCAUUCAUUAUAACGUCAUUCUGCACAUCUUUCCAAACCAAUACAGUUCACAAGUAAUCGUGAACUUGUGUAUAUAGUCAAAUGUAUAAGAAAUCAACAAUAAUCAAAACCAGCCAUUACUCUGCACUAGUUUAUUAUAAGGAAUAUGAGUGUAGCUAAUGCACUGUGGUGAAUGUGUGUUAUAAUGUUUUUGAAAGUUUCCACACAACAAAUUCCUUAUGAUUUCUUUUUCCUCUCCUUCAUCCUGCUCUUAUUUUUAAUUAAUCUAUCACCUUUGCACCACAGGAGCACUCAGGUUUGUGCCGCCACUAUAAGUGAACAGCAAGUCAUUACACAAGCAAUAAUGAAGUAAACAAAUGCAAAACGUGUCUGUGGGGCAGCGAAGAGAAGCUUCAUUUUACAAAUGCUACAGAAUGUUUUGUAUGCAAAUGUAAUUGUGUAAUAUGUUUACAUAAAUCCCACUCAAAGGCUCAAACAAUGUGCAAAAUGUUUAAAACCAUUUUAAUGCAAAAGAGACUUUAAUUAUGGGUAAUAACUGGUGCCAUUAAUAAUGGAAGAGUCAUCAGUCUGUGUUAUUAAUUAUAUGCUGCACAAGAUAUUUCCUACUUGACCUUGAAAUAAGCCUUGAUUAUAGUUUCACAUAGAAACCACACUGUGACAUUUCAAGGUGGAUAUGAGCUGAAAUUGGGAUUCGCGAUCGAAAAUCCGGAUUUUAGGAAUAUAGGGUCUAAAAUAGAAAUGGUCAGACUGAUUAAGAAGUUGAUGCAGCCCGAUGAGAUCAGAGGACAAGGGUGAUUGUAUGUUGAGCUCAUGGAUGCAUUCAGUUUUUCUGAUUGAAUCUUUUGCCUGGCUUAUCAACGGCUUAGAGCAGAGAGAUAGAGCUGUCUUACAUUGUGAUACAAUUUCACAAUGGCUUUUCGAUAUGUCAUAUGCUUUGCGCAUGGUUCUCAUAAAUGUUGAGCUUGUAUUAUUGUGUGCUUUCGAAAAGAACCUGUGCAAACAGUCUGAAUGCAUGUAUAAUAGCGUGAAUUUGUGUGUUAUGCAUAUGAAAGCCAGAGACGCAUACAGACACCCACGUGUUACCAGGGAUACCAAAAGACACAUGCAAAAUGAACUAGCGUUCAUAGAAGCAGACGAGUUAAACAUAACAUUUCUUUAUGGGGUUAUGUAUUUUUUAUAAAUGGCACUGUUGGAUGGUUACUGCCAUGUUCUGACGUUUACAAGGGAACAGCUCAACCAAUAAGAAACUGUAAGGUUCUUUCUGGAACCAACAGCUUGUGGGUUUGAUGGGGAUUGUUUCUGUUGAGCUAACAAGACUACAGUUACUACUUCUAUAAAAGAAACUUCAUAAUUAUCUUCAUAAUCACAAAUAUUGCCUUUCAAAGGUUUGUGUGUGUGUGUGUGUGUGUUCUUUUGAGAUGAUUACUGUUUAAUUUGUAAUUCAUUGUAAACUCAAAUUCUGUGUGUGGGUGGAAAGCUGAGAACAUUUGCAAUUCAGUCCUUGAGUCUUUCAGUAGAGGAUUUCACUACUGAAGCUGAAGAAGUAAAGCUCCAAAUGCUUUAGUUUAAUCAUUUCAUUUGCGAUGAAAAUGAAUGUUUUUUUUUUUGUCUGAACUGUGUAUUUUGAUGCCAUUCGGUUUAAGUUGUGCAUUCCAUUUACAUAAUUUUAUUAAUGUUUAUUUUGUUUCCUGCUUAUCCUAGAUUUUAAACUUCUCCAGAUGGUUGUUGCUUUGAUGUAAUCAUAUUAGAGAAAUGUUUAAUAAAGAUAGAUAACAAAUUAAAGAAUUACAACAAAAGA